AUGAAGAGCAAGAAGAAAUUAAAGAAAGAGAGAGAAGAGCAAAAACAAAAACUUCAAGAAUGGAUCAAGGAAAUGGGAGGGAAAAUUCAGGAGAAGACAAAGCCAAAACCCAAAUCCGAGGAAUCCAAGAACUCUCCCAGCACCAAGUUGAUGCCCUUAUCAUCUGGCAUCUUUACUCAAAAUCUUAUCCGUAUCUUGGAGACAGCCCACGAAUGGAAAGUUAAGGAAGAAAUGAAUUUACCUGCUAAUGUUGAAUUACCUCCGCAUACUCUAAGACGCUGUUUUGCUACUCACCAAGCCAUUAGUGGCAUGCCUCUGCCCAUUUUACAGAAAGUUUUGGGACAUAGUAAGGUUUCUACUACUGCCCUUUAUAUUAAAGAUAGUGAUUUAAGUAAUUUAGUGAAAUUUAGACCAGUUUAG